AGAAAACACCAAGUAGACCACCAGGGACAGACUGAUAAUGGAGACGUUGAUGCUUUUUCAUGCUUUGCUACUACUUUGUGGUCUCUCUACAGCUCAGCUUGAGCCAGACUCCAACAGUAAAAUAAUUUCACAUGUAAGGCAAAUUAGAUCACAGGUAGGAGACACAGAAAACCUCACAAAUAAUCAGCAAACCUGUAAACAAGGCAUCAAUACUCUACUGAGAGAGAUGAGCGCAUCGUUGGCCGGACUGAAGGUUGACAUGGAGUACGUAAAGAAAGAUAAUGAAGCCAAGACAAAAGAACUGGACUUGAUAAAACAACAAUACCAAGAGCAAGUGACAAAAGUAAGAAGUCUUGAGGAGCAGUACCAAGCUCUGCUUGAGCCAGAAUCCAACAGUAAAAUAAUUUCACAUGUAAGGCAAAAUGGAUCACAGGUAGGAGACACAGAAAACCUCACAAAUAAUCAGCAAACCUGUAAACAAGACAUCAAUACUGUACUGAGAGAGAUGAGCGCAUCGUUGGCCGGACUGAAGGUUGACAUGGAGUACGUAAAGAAAGAUAAUGAAGCCAAGACAAAAGAACUGGACUUGAUAAAACAACAAUACCAAGAGCAAGUGACAAAAGUAAGAAGUCUUGAGGAGCAGUACCAAAGUAUUUAUAACUCUAACAAUAAAUCAUUUUAUGUAAUAAAUGACACACUAAAACAAUUUUUUUUCCAAUAAAGGUUAAAGGAAAGACAAAGCAGGUUUAUUUAAACAAUUUUCAAAAUCUCAGAAGAGAAUAGAAUAGAAAGAUAUCAGAAAUUUAUCUUCAACUGAUCUCUAAACAUCUACAAAAAUGCCACAAGACAAAACAACUGCUUUCUCUAUGUCAGCAAAACAAGUGGCUUUCUCUGCCUCAGUGUUCACUGGAGAUGCUCAAGGACAUGUAGGUCCAUUUGACACAGGAACAGUUCUGGUCUUCAGAAAUGUUUUAACAAAUAUUGUGAAUGCCUACAACCCACACACAGGUACACAGAUGUAUGUAUUCAUCUGAAAUGAGUUGCUUUCCUUCAAAGGUCUGACAAAAGUCUAAUUAAUGACUCACUAAUCCCACCAAUAAUUAUAUAAAAUUUUGACAGGGAUUUUUUCUGCACCCGUCAGAGGAGUCUAUCAUUUUGAGUUCUACCUUCAUGGCCCUGGACAUAAGUCACUACCUACAGCUGCUUCGUUGGUCAAGAAUGGGCAGCAAAUUUUCACUGCAUAUGAAGGGCAACCCUCCCAUUCUGUUAAUCCUGCUAAUUAUGUAAUUUUACAUUUAGAAUCUGGGGAUGUUGUUUUUGUGCGUCUCUGGCAGAAGGCAAGAAUUUAUGACCUUCAGUGGCCAUUUGCUUCUCCCCAUGUGAGCAGGAAACUUAUCUGAUUUUCUUUGGCCAUCAGGUUUUAUUUUUGUGACUCAUAAUCAAACUUUGCAGAAGGUUGUAUUUUUACAUAAUGUUUUGAUGAUGUUAAAAUGUAAAAUAUUGACAGCCGGAUUUGCUGGUUUGGUCAGUACAAUACUGGGUUAGACCCAUGAUCAGCUUUAUAUCAGCAAGUCCAAGUGUUUGUAAUUUUACUAAUUCAGAAAAGUAAAAUCAAAUCUUUAAAAAGAUUGUUCAUUUCAGCUAUUAUUUUCUUUAAAAGCAUUUCAAUGAAUGCAUUAUUUGGAACGAGAAAGGAACUUUAUUUAAGAAUAACUAGAGAUUAAUCUCUAAUAAAUUAAUUAAUACCAUUUUUAAGCAAAAUGAAGCAUAUUUACUGAAGAGCGCAAGAAAAUGUACCAUUUUGUAUGGAUUUUAAUUGAAUGUUUAAUCACGUUUCUGCAGUAAAUUACAAUAUGAGGUUUUGCUCUAAUUCAAAAUGUUAUAUUUUCAUUUUAUGUAAGCUGAAAAUUAUCAUAAUUAACAUAAAUAAAGGUGUUUCAAACUAUUAUAUUCCAAUAAAAAUGUUAACGAAUAUUUAGAUGAUGGUAGCCUUCAUGUCAAUUUUUGUUUGACUGUUUCAACCUCCAUAAAAGCAAUGCUUUUAUCUAAAUGUUUAUUAUCAAAUAAUAUCAUGAUAAAACUUUGUUCUGUUCAAUUCAAGAGAGGUGGUAGUCCAGAAGAAAGAGUUGGAAAAUCUAAAACAACAGCACCAAUGUAUUUAGAUAAUGAUAAACUGAUUUACAAAAGGAACAUACAAUAAGGACAACAUCUUGUUUUAUCAUCUAUGAGACACCAACCAAUUUCUCUCAUCUCAAACCCAGUCAGAUUGAACAACUCAAACCAACUAAGCAUGUUGUGGGUUUCAGCUAAAAUAAUAAUUUAAUAAAAUCAUGACAAUGAUGAUUCAGUGAUCACCAUGACUCUUUUAUUUGUAUGA